AUGUCAGUGGGCGGUGAUCACCCAACUGCAGAGACCGUGGUGCGAGUUCGCUGGUACAAGAACAGCAACCUGCUCGGGGAUAGUCUGCAGCAGCACCACCUGUUGCCGCGCCGCGUCCGGAUGCACUCCAACCACAGCCUCCAGCUGGACUCGCUGAAGCCAGUGGACACCGCGACUUACACGUGCGAGGUGAUCCGUCCUGAGCCGUGGGGUCCUAUUAAGCAGUCUCACUCCAUCGAAGUACAAUGUUCCCCGACAGUGAGGACUGUCCCCGAGGAUGGAUUUCUGGAGGUCCGCAAAGGGGAGUACGUGGACAUCGGCUGCGAGGCCUCCGGGACACCACAGCCUACCUUCGAGUGGAGGAAAAAUGGCGAGGCCAUGGCACUGUUGGAGCAUCGGUCCCGUAUUCGAUUCCGGGCCGAGCACCGACUCCUGGCCGGGGUAUACGAGUGCACCGCGAGCAACGGGGUCGGUGACCCCGUCAGGGCGGCCAUAAGGGUCAUAAUACAAGACGCGCCCGUGGUGUCGGCUUCUCGCAGCUUCGUGCACACCGCGGUGGGACUCCGGGCAGCGUUGCUCGCCACGCUGGAGUUCGCGGCGCCGCCCGCCACCGCCGCCUGGUACAGGGACGGCAGGCCCGUCAAGCCCGACGAUAGGACAGUGAUGAUAGUUCAGGACAACGUCCACCAGCUGAUAUUCCGCACUGUAAGGAAAUCAGACUUAGGAAACUACACAUUCCGCGCGGAAAACAAGUUGGGAAUGGCCGACGUGUCUUUCAAACUAACCGGCGUGCCGAACGUCGCGUCGUUCAAAGUCGACGCCGCCUUCAACAAAGCUACCUCCACCAGCUUCACACUCAUCUGGGAAGUGGAUUCGUAUUCGACAAUCAUCGAGUACAACCUGUGGCUCCGUCCAUACUACGGUCGAGUUAGCACCGCGGAGCCCGACGCGUUCGCGACGGGCGCGCCGGCCAACGUCUGGAGCAAGAUCGUCGUGCCCGGCGACUCGAGCGAUGGACCAAUACACAGUGCAAGUUACAUGGUGCGGGGGCUCACACCGUCGACGGUUUACGAAGCUAUCGUUACCUCAAGAAAUAGAUUCGGCUGGAGCAAGCCAUCGGCUGUUUUACAUUUUGCUACUGAGCCCGGAGCGGGCCGCACACUCCCUGCAACCGCGCCCGAUUACACAGACAUAACGCCGAUUUUGGAGGAGCCCGAAUCGGACCAACCCUUAAACAUAACACAAGCGCACGUUUUCGAACGCUUCAACGAAACGCCAAUGUCGGAUAACGGAGGGCGGGAAACUAUCUGCACCGGUGCGCCCCCCGUGGACAUUCGCAGAACAGGAAAAGCCGCGGACUCGCAGAGUUCCCGACACUCGCACUAUGGCACUUUCACGGAAACGAUUUGUACGCUGAGAGAGCACGACACACGGCGAAUUGGGUGCGACGUUGCCAGCUCGGUGACGUCACUGUACUGUGUAACAGUAACAGGCGCGGUCGCGACAGCUAUUGCGUGCGCCGUUGCCAGCUGGAUGCGUUCUACGACGCGACUGGCACGCACCGCGCCGUUGCCAAAUUCACCAGCACUUGUCGAACAAACGAACACGAACACACGGCGAAUCGUG